UGGCUACAGUCGUGCCUGAAUUUAAAAAAUAAAAACCUGGAAAAUUUUUUGUAUCAGAAUGAAAGGAACGUUUUAAAAAUGAAAAAAGAGAGACUUGAGGAAGGAUCAUAACUCCCGCGGCCUAGCAAUGCAGCAUUCCCUCAUUGCACCGGCAGGCGAGCGGUAGGGCAGCCCCGCUUGGGCUAUGGGGCUGUCUGCCCGGCUGCGAUGGCGUCUUUCUCCGCGAGGACCCCCGCAGCGGCGCCAUUUUAGAGUGCUGCUGGGGGCGCUUCUCUGUCUGAACCCGGUCGCCUUCCAAGUCGCCGCCGCCGCCGCCUGACCCUUUUCCCUUCGCGCUCCCUCCUCGGACUCGCUGGUGGCAAUGAGCGUAGUGGAUCAUGUGCGGGAGAUGGCGGCCGCCGGUCUUCACUCCAACGUGCGGCUCCUCAGCGGGCUCCUGCUCACUAUGAGCGGCAACAACCCUGAGUUGUUUUCUCCGUCGCAGAAGUACCAGCUUCUUGUCUAUCACGCAGAUUCCCUCUUUCACGACAAGGAGUUCAGAAAUGCGGUCAGUAAGUAUACAAUGGCGCUGCAGCAGAAGAAAGCGCUGAGUAAAACUUCAAAAGUGAGGCCUUCGACAGGGAAUGCUGCAUCAGCUCCUCAAAGUCAGUGUCUGCCUUCUGAAAUUGAAGUGAAAUACAAGAUGGCAGAGUGCUAUACGAUGCUGAAACAGGACAAAGAUGCCAUUGCUAUACUUGAUGGAAUCCCUUCAAGGCAGAGAACCCCAAAGAUUAACAUGAUGUUGGCCAACCUGUACAAGAAGGCAGGUCAAGAACGAUCCUCUGUUACGAGUUACAAAGAAGUGCUGAGACAGUGUCCAUUGGCCCUUGAUGCCAUCCUAGGUUUGCUUUCGCUGUCAGUGAAAGGUGCAGAAGUAGCCUCCAUGACGAUGAAUGUGAUUCAGAGUAUCCCAAACCUGGACUGGCUUUCAGUGUGGAUCAAAGCGUAUGCAUUUGUACAUACAGGCGACAACACUAGAGCGAUCAACACAAUCUGCUCCCUGGAGAAAAAGUCACUACUGAGGGACAAUGUUGAUAUACUGGGGAGCUUGGCGGAUCUGUAUUUCAGAGCUGGUGACAAUAAGAAUGCAAUUCUAAAAUUUGAACAAGCACAAAUGUUGGAUCCGUAUUUGAUAAAAGGAAUGGACGUGUACGGAUACUUGCUAGCCCGCGAGGGUCGCUUGGAGGAUGUGGAGAACCUAGGCUGCCGUCUCUUCAAUAUUUCUGACCAGCAUGCAGAGCCCUGGGUGGUCUCUGGGUGUCACAGUUUCUAUAGCAAGCGCUACUCCCGUGCCUUGUAUCUGGGAGCCAAAGCCAUUCAGCUGAACAGUAACAGCGUGCAGGCUUUGUUGCUGAAAGGCGCGGCGCUUCGGAACAUGGGGAGAGUGCAGGAGGCCAUCAUCCACUUCCGGGAAGCGAUACGGCUCGCGCCUUGCAGGCUGGACUGCUACGAAGGACUCAUCGAAUGCUACUUGGCAUCCAACGGUCUCCGUGAAGCCACAGUUAUGGCCAACAACGUGUACAAAACCCUGGGAGCCAAUGCGCAGACACUUACUCUGUUGGCAACUGUCUGUCUGGAAGAUCCAGUUGCGCAGGAGAAAGCAAAAACCUUGCUGGACAAAGCAUUAACACAGCGCCCUGAUUACAUUAAAGCCGUGGUCAAGAAGGCAGAGCUUCUCAGCCGAGAACAAAAGUAUGAAGAUGGAAUUGCUUUGCUGAGGAACGCCCUGGCCAACCAGAGUGACUGCAUUCUGCAUCGGAUGUUGGGGGACUUCCUGGUUGCUGUUAACGAGUAUCAGGAAGCCAUGGACCAGUACAGUAUUGCUUUAAGUUUGGAUCCCAAUGAUCAGAAGUCACUGGAAGGAAUGCAGAAAAUGGAAAAAGAGGAAAGCCCCACAGAUGCUACUCAAGAGGAGGACGUGGACGACAUGGAAGGGAGUGGGGAGGAAGGGGAUCUCGAAGGCAGUGACAGCGAAGCGGCCCAGUGGGCAGACCAGGAGCAGUGGUUCGGCAUGCAGUGAGGCAGCUGCCCAGAGCUGACCAGGAACCAUCGUGCUGGAUGAGUGGUCCGAAAGUCCCGUUUCUCCCUGGAACGAAGAGCACCAAGGACAGCAUGUCCUGUUGGAGAAACUGGGCGGAGGCGUGAUCCAAAGCAGCUGGGAGCUCUCUCGCUCUCCACCCCCCUCUUUUUUUUUUUUUUUUUAAAGCUUCCAGUUAUGUGCUCAGUGCUCUUUAUUUAAUGUGAAGGCUGAGCGACUUGAGUGGUUUGGUGCCAGGGAGGUGCUGGUAUCAAGCAGCAGUUUGCGUUCUUAUUUCUAAAAUUAGAAGCGUCUAAAGAAUAUAAAGCAUUUCUCACACAUUUGUUAAUGGUUCAAAACAGUGUCGGGAUCCUGUUGCAAGCUAAUUACUCCUGAUCCCCAGUGGUGGAUAAAUGUAGGUUGCUUUAUAUCCUUUUAUAAAAGAGGCUUUCUUCCCAAAAGCCACAUGGGGUCCUCCAAUGCCUGAACUCCUCCAGAAGCCUGGGGGUGGUCUGCCUCCCUCCCUGGGGCCAGUAUCUUCCCCUCCGAGCCCUUUCCCGGCCUCACUUGAAUCUUUGUGCUGGCACUUAAUGCGCGCGCUCAGAAACAGAAGCCGCUUCGGGCCUCUAAUGGAUAGGUCACUCUGUACCUGAUUGUGUCUAUAUGGCGGUGUAUGAAGGAAGUGACUGAUUCCGGACCAGCAAGUAUCACUCCUUGAAGCCUUCUGCGCGGAUAGUGAGAAAGCAAAAUGGAGCACCGUUGUUUCUGAGAACAGCCAGUCAAAGACAAUUAAGGCAACUCCAACUGGGUGAUACUGAUUAUAACAAUGCCUACACUUCACGAUCCUUGCCUGUGUUCAAUUAUCAUUAAAACAGCCCGUGCUAACA